UACUUUUAGUUUUGGUUUCCCAGUGAUUUGGGUCUUUAUUAGUAUCUAUUUAGUAUUUACUACUUCUUCUGUAUUGAUUCUCCCCCUUCUUUCUCCCCGGUCCGGAACCCAAUCGGCGCGAUCCGCUCCACUGGCUUAUGCUGCAAAUCUGCCAUCGGUUCCCCAUCUGACUGAACUGAACUGACUGACUUGACGCCUGCGCCUUUUCUUGUUCCUCCUCCAUCCUUCCCUUCCACCUUUUCCCCCCAUCCCCUCCGUUCACUCACCUCUUAUUUGUCUGCUUCCUGCCGGCUUGCAUUCCCAUCCUCACAUCAAACCUUUUUUUCUGGUUUCACCUGAUCUCUUUCCCUUCCCCUCCCCCUCCUCUUUCUUGUCAGACCAUGUCCUACUAUCCACCUUACUCGGGCCCGCCCGGGUACCCUCCGCAGCAAUAUUCCUAUCCUCCGCAGCAGCAGAGCUAUGGCUCCCCGCCCCAAUAUCAGCAGCCACAGAUGAAUCCUCACCACUCACACCACCACUCGUCCUACGGGGGCGGUGGUUACCCCGGCCAGGCUUAUCGCCAACAGCAGCCUCCCAGCAACCCUUACCCCUACAGCCAGCCCUCUCCUCAGCAGUACCAAGGAUCGCAACCCCCUCAAAACGGUUACAAUGGUGGCUACCCUUCUGCCAGCCAAGGCCCGAUGUAUGGGGGCCGGCCAGGUAUCGCCGAUGUCUAUCAUAACUCCUACAACCAAGGCAACCACAGCGCCCCUCCGCCGCCGCCCAGCGAACCCGUCAGCUUCGGCCAAGGCGCGCCGCAGGGUUACAACUUCCAGUACUCGCGCUGCACGGGCAAGAGAAAGGCGUUGCUGAUCGGUAUCAACUACUUUAACCAGAAGGGCCAGCUGCGCGGAUGUAUCAACGAUGUCAAGAACAUGUCCACCUACCUAAAUCAGAACUUUGGUUACGCUCGCGAAGACAUGGUCCUCCUGACGGAUGAUCAACAAAACCCCAUGAGUCAACCCACCAAGGCUAACAUUCUUCGGGCUAUGCACUGGCUCGUCAAGGAUGCCCAGCCGAACGAUUCGCUCUUCUUCCACUAUUCUGGACACGGUGGACAGACGCCUGACCUCGACGGCGACGAAGACGACGGAUACGACGAAGUUAUCUACCCGGUCGAUUUCCGGGCUGCCGGCCACAUUGUCGACGAUGAGAUGCACCGGAUCAUGGUCAAACCGCUGCAGCCGGGUGUCCGACUGACGGCUAUCUUCGACUCCUGUCACUCGGGUUCCGCACUCGACCUGCCCUACGUUUACUCGACCCAGGGUAUUCUCAAGGAACCCAACUUGGCCAAGGAGGCGGGCCAGGGCCUGCUGGGUGUUGUUUCGGCUUACGCGCGUGGCGACAUGAGCGGCAUGAUGUCGACGGCCGUUGGGUUCUUCAAGAAGGCGACCAAGGGCGACGAGGCGUACGAGCGCACCAUCCAGACGAAGACCAGUCCAGCCGACGUUAUCAUGUGGUCCGGCAGCAAGGACGACCAGACCAGUCAGGACGCCCAGAUCGCCGGCCAGGCUACCGGCGCCAUGUCCUGGGCCUUUAUCAGCGCGCUUCGCAAGAACCCGCAGCAGAGUUACGUCCAGCUGCUGAACAGCAUCCGAGACGAGUUGUCCACCAAGUAUACGCAGAAGCCGCAGCUGAGCUGCAGCCAUCCCUUGGACGUGAAUGUGCUCUAUGUUAUGUAAAUAGUUGCUUUGUAAUUUGCGGGGUGCUUGCGGGGGGGUAGUCAUAUCUCUUCAUUCGGAAUAGGGCAAAAGGGUUUCAGUCAAUCUAUUGUUUACUUUCUUUCCUUUACCCCCCUCUCGCUAAGCAUGAGAUGGUUAUGAUCGCCUUGAGUAUGUCUGAGAUGCCUCGUUAUGCUUUGCAUGCAUUGUACGUGAGUGGGACGGGGACAGCAA